GUUCAAGAAUUGUGAUUCACGAAUUGACAUGUCAAUGUCAAAAUAAUUUCGCAGCUGUAAGUUUGUGUUCCAUGGUGCUGCUGUUAAUUUUCAAUUUGUGGGAAGUGGCAAGGUAAGUUUUGUGCUGGGAACCGAUCGGGAAUGCAUUUUGAGUUGGCCGACGAAACUUUCCACGUGGCCACCCGGAUCCGGUGCAGCCCCGGCUGGGUCGGCAGAAACGCAAAGCCGUACAAAGUGGGACCGCCGAGGAUCGACGCGGGCCGUGUUGGCGACACUCUGUCCCUCGCAGUGUGCUGGACCCGAACUGGACGCUCCCCUUGCAGAACAGGGAACCACUUUUUGAGUGCCAAGGAGAACGGAACCCGGAGCAUCUUAAUUAGAGGAAGUGUGGCUCGUGUGUUUGUGGAAGAGGAGGAGGAGGACGGAACCUUCAACUCCCGGCGGGAUUAAAAAAGCCGCGUUUUCCCUCUCGUGCCCUAGAGGACGGAUGUUUGCGGAAGAGCUGGGGGAAUUGUGCGACCCAAAAUUGUAUCCAGUUUGAGGUUGGCGGUUUGGUUGGGCGUUGCGGGUGUGUGUCUGUGCGUGUGGGUAUGUAUGCGUGUGUGAAAGUGCGUUUGUGCUCGUGUGUGUAUGAGAGAGUGAUAGGGUAGAGGAAGAGAAAGACAGAGAAAGUGGGAGAGAGAAGAGGAGAGGGAGAGAAAAAGGAGGGAAAGAGACAGAAAGUGGGAAAGGGAGAGAAGGAGAGAGAAAGAAUGAGAGGGAGAGAGAAAGUGGGAUAGAAAAUGGACAGAAAAUGUGGGAGAGAGAGAGGGAGAGAUAGGGUGAGGAUAGAGGAAGAAAGAGAGGGGGAGAGAGAGAGAGAGAGAGAGAGCAAGAGAGCAAGAGAAGGGGGGAUAAAAUGUGUGUAUAAGAGAGAAAGAGAGAAAUGGUGUUAGAGAGAGUAAAAGAUAUAGAGAAGAGAGAGAGAGAGAAAUGGUGUU